AAAGGACGCAACUGGAGCAGCACGUACAUGUAACCUGCAUGUGUUUGUGGGGUGGAGGAGAUGCGACUACUCAAAGUCUGAGCAAGCACCACCGCCUAGCUACCUAGAAACGCCUACGCUGGAACAGCAAGACCGUAUAUAUAUUUCUGGGUCACUUGAAGUCCAAGGCAGCUGAUGAUGAAGCGAAGCCGUGUCCCGAGCACCAGUGAUGACUCAGACAAUGGAAGUAACUCCACAUCCUGGUCUCAACACUCCAACUGUAAACACAGGAAACAGAAUGGGAAAAGACCAUCAGAGGUGUUCAGGACAGACCUGAUCACCGCUAUGAAGCUGCAUGACACACACCAGCUGAAUCCUGAAGAUUAUUAUGAGUUGGCCGAUCCCUGGCGGCAGGAGUGGGAGAAAGGGGUUCAAGUCCCCGUUAGUCCCGAAUCCAUUCCACAAUCUACUGUGCGCACUGUAGCUGAGAAAUGCCCUGCUGCACUGUUCAUUAGACCAAAGAAGCUCAUUCGCUUAUCUGAGUCAUCAGUGCUGGGAUAUGUUGGUAUUCAAACGCUAGCUGAUGGCAUGUGUCGAUAUGACCUGAACGAGGAGGACGUAGCUUGGCUGCAGACCACUAAUGAGCAGUUUAGUAAGAUGGGCAUGCAACCCCUGGAUGAGCUGACAAUGGAGCGGGUCAUGGAGGAGUUUGAACAGCGUUGCUAUGACAACAUGAACCACGCUAUGGAGACGGAGGAGGGACUUGGCAUCGAGUAUGACGAGGACGUGGUUUGUGAUGUAUGUCAGUCACCUGACGGCGAGGAUGGCAACGAGAUGGUGUUCUGUGACAAGUGCAACAUAUGUGUGCACCAGGCGUGUUACGGUAUACUGAAGGUACCGGAAGGCAGCUGGCUUUGCCGUACGUGUGCACUGGGAAUCUUUCCCAAAUGCCAUCUAUGCCCUAAGAAGGGCGGAGCCAUGAAACCCACCCGCAGCGGCACCAAGUGGAUCCAUGUCAGCUGUGCCCUCUGGAUACCAGAAGUAAGCAUUGGUAACCCUGAGAAGAUGGAGCCAAUCACUAAUGUGUCUCAUAUACCUAGCAAUAGAUGGGCUCUCAUUUGCUGUCUGUGUAAAGAGAAAACAGGAGCUUGUAUACAGUGUUCUGCCAAAAGUUGCCGAGUGGCAUUCCAUGUGACGUGUGGACUGCAUUGUGGCUUGAAGAUGAACACAAUCCUAACAGAGGCUGAUGAAGUCAAGUUCAAGUCAUUUUGUCCCAAGCACUCUGGCAUGGACUGGAAUGAGGAAGAGGGGGAUGAGGAGAGACCAGUGACAGAGGAGAGAUGUAGAAAUCUUGGAGUAGAUUUCUCUCCUUCCUCUGAGCCGCGACCCACAUGUAACACCGAAGAGAAGAGACUCAGUGAGCGCAAGCUUAGAGUCCAGCAGCUUGAAGAUGAAUUCUAUCGCUUUGUCACUGCUGACGAAGUCGCAGAGCACUUGCAGUUGCCCCUGGAGAUGGUGGACUUCCUGUUCCAAUAUUGGAAGUUGAAAAGGAAGGUAAACUUUAACAAGCCACUCAUCAUGCCCAAGAAAGAGGAAGAAGACAGCCUUGCCCGGCGGGAACAGGAAGUGCUGUUGCGUCGGCUCCGCCUCUUUACUCAUUUACGACAAGAUCUUGAGCGGGUACGUAACUUGACAUACAUGGUCAGCCGUCGUGAGAGGAUAAAACGAACCAUGUGCCGAGUGCAGGAGCAGAUCUUUCAUCAUCAUAUCAGGCUGCUUGAGCAGGGACUCGUUGCUGGUAUAUCCUCAACUAGACGUUUGGAGGAGGCUAUGUUUUACUUUCGCACAGCACCUCCCGUGCCUCCAUACCCCCAACCUUUGAAAGGUCACUGUGGGCAGAACAGUGCUCUAAGCUCCACUGUUCAGAAUCACGAGAAGGGGAGCAACCAUUACAGAUCCUCAAAGAAUAUAGGAGCAGACAAGCCUGCAAAGAUGCCCAGACUGGAGAGCUUGGUCAUGGAGAACAGCCUCAGUUCUGAGGAGGUUGUUGAUUCAGGUUCUAGAGGUUGUAAGCUCCAGAGAAAUGAGGCCACAGCAGCUUCUGCUACAGUGAAACAUUCUGAGAAUAGGCUGAGAGGAAGUGUGGUCAUUGAGUCUCAUAGGGAAGACGAUGAGACAGAACACCCCCUAGAGGACAGGAGGAGGAGGAGGAGGAGCAGGAGCAGGAGCAGCAGCAGCAAGCUCUGGGAACAGGUGUCAGUGAAAGACAAACUAAAACAGUCAAAGUCCAUGGAGGAUACCGUGAAGAAUAAGAUGGAGGAAAACAGCAUGGAUGACAGAUUUCUGCUGUCUCACAGCAAAACUACUGGCACUGCUAGUUUUGUAGUCAAUACGCCAACCACAUAUAAUGGAUCGCCAAGAAAGACAAGCCAACAUCAGGGAAAACAGGUGCCAAAUGGAACGACCAGGAGGCAUCUGAAUAACUGGGGUAGUUUCAGGAUUCCCAAAAGGAGUGAGAGAACAGCAGGGGAUAAAGAUGGGCAGGAAGGAAGUGAUAUGGCAGACCAAAAUUCUUCCCUAAUAAAAACCUAUAAUACAAAUUUUACUUCCUCCUCUCCAAUUAGGACCCGGCUGCGGACAGGAAGUGAGAACCGAAGCCACAUGGAAGUGUCUGAUCUUGGCCAAUCAGAGCAGGGAAAGAGGUGUCACGCCCAAAGACUUCGAAGUCAUGAUCCAAUGACUAGACGUUACGGUUCCAAUGUAAUCCAACGUGGAGUUCUUGCAUCAUGAAACUUAAAUCUGACAUUUAUUCUCUGUGUACAAAUAUUCUGUAUUUAUAAAUAUUAUUUUCUUCUGUUAAUUUGCUCUUCAGUGAAAGCAGCAAUUGGUGAAAUAAUAUUUAUUUUUCUAUUCUGUAAUUUUUUGCUGUUGCUGAAACACAAUUUUGUGUGUAUGUAAAACCUUUUACUUUCACUUGCUACAAUUCUUCAGCUUUAGUGUGCAGUGCAUACAUGGAAAGGUUUCAAAGAACAAACGAUUAACUGGUAAAGAGGUGAAAAAUCCUUUGAGUCCAACCCUUUAAAUCAGGUGAAAUAAACUGGCACAAAUUUUGAUUAAUUAUUAUGACCACUUGUGAGGUCAUCCUAAUGUUACCAGCGUAGCCAGUUUGGCUCAGCUUAAAUCUCAUAGUUACAGAAUUACUAAGAACUAAGCACUUAAAAUGAUCUGACCACAAAAGUCUAAUCAGUGUCCAAAAUGUAGGAAAGCUUGCUUUUAACUUAAAGGCCAUCAUGUGUUGCGUAUGCAAUGUGUGCCAUAUUUAUGGCACCUUUUACUUCUCAGGUAAAAUCUGCUUAUAUUUGUACGUAGUUUAUUUCAUAGUGCCAUGUCUUUUUUUUUUUUCCUCUCUUUCAAACGAACUGAGUGUGGCCAUAUAUACAUAUACUCUCUUUGCUCUUGAAGUAAUUCCUUUCCAGAAAAUGACACAAAAAAAACAAACUUCUUUCAGUCAGCAAUAUUCAGCAAUAGAUUGACACUGUCGAUCCAGGCAGACAAAGCCACACUCAGUAUGAAUUCUGAAAUUAAGAUGUACAUCAUUUUGCAGCUCUGAACAGUAGUCUUUUCACAGUCAUUUACUUGCAGUAUCCAUUACCUUGUAUUCACUUUUGCACUUGAUAUUAAACAAUAACAUAAGACACUAUUAUUGUUCUAAUGAAGACACUGUUGCAUUGAAAGGAUUCGUUUUCUUGACAUGGCUGCUUUGGAGUAGUACUAAAAUAAUGUGUUUUUGAAUAUUUUCUUUAUUGCUGUAAAUGUCUUUUUCAGGCAAAUUGUGAGUUGAUCUCCUUGAGAAAAAUUGAUCUUGUGCCUGAGUGUUUCUGUUGAGGUGUUGCACUAGAACAUUAGCCAGCAAGAUUGGUAUAACUGUGUUCUCGAAGUAUUUCUACAUGUUAAUAUAAUCAAGCGCUGCUGUAUUUUUCUUUUCUUUUCUUUUUUUUAUUCUUAUGCAAUACUUUAGUUGCAGAAUGUGAAUAAACGUCCUUGAGGUUACCUUUGGAGAUGUCUGGAUCUCUUUAGAGGAAUGUUGAACUUGAAUAAAAACAACUUUUACUGGAA